GAGGCCCUUCCUUUUCCCUUGUCCCUUGGGAGGGCCACUGGGGGGCACGGGAGGGGGGAGGAGAGGAACGUCUUUGCCCCAAUGGCGCAUACGAACUGUUCUGGCGCUUCCUCGUCCAGCUUAGCGCCCGCUGCUUGACGGAGCUCCGGGUGAGCUUGUUUGCUGCUCCAAACACUGUCAAACGUCUCGCUUCAUCCAUCCUGCAGCACGCACCCCCCCUCUAACGCGCCGAGUUUUGAAACUGCCUCCGCUACGCACCAAAUGGGCGGCGGACUUUAUGCGCUACCCCCUCAGAUCAACCCCAUCCCGAGCCUCCAGAUCUCGCAUCAUCGUUUUUCCCGUCCCAUUCUGCAGUAGGUGCCCCUUCGAACAUGGGUUUUUCCAAACAUUUUGGCCUCGAACGCCGCCGUCGCCCUUGACGACGAUCAAAACUUGGGCGCAACCCUUAGGUUUGAAAACGUCGUCUACCACAGCUCGUGCCACUCCAAUCAGCCAUGCCCUGGCCAUGUUCCGACAACGUCCCGUUUCUCGACUCGUCCUGUCCAAACUCUAUAUCUUGUCGGAUGCCCCAAGUUUUCCAGGCUCCAACCGCUCCUGUUCAAUCAGCACUGUCUUUUGUUUUUUGCGACUUAGCAGCCUUGUAAUACACACUCUCUUUCAACACACACCCACUGGUUGGGCUGCAUUUCCAUUCUUUAAUCGAGACAUUGCUGAGCAAUCGUAUCAACACCACCAAGCAUCCUACCGAACUCUUCGACAUAGUAAUUCUCCUUUUCUUUCAGAGCUAGACUCAAGACGACCGAUCCCUAGCGGACACGACUCGACGGACACAAUUACUUACUUUCCUAUAUCCAAUUGAUACAACAACUUCGACCUAUUAUUACUAUUGUACCACUCACAUCAAUCAACAUGCUCCACCAUCAACCCCAGAUCCUCUCUCCUCUCAACGAGAUGGACUCUCAGUCAAACUCAUCCAGCCUCCGUGCACGCAAGAUGUCUUCUGGAGGCAACAGGUCUUGGUCCGAGGAAGAGGUAUGUCC